AUGGAAUCGCUGAAAGAUUUGGCGAGAAAGAAAGCUUUGAACAUAUUCAGCUCUCUCAUAUUUGUUAUUUGGAUUAUAGCCUGCUGUCUGCUAGGUGGAGGUUUCUUUCUAAUCGAAAUCAGCCAGUCGAAGUCUGACAUCAGCUGUGAUGGAGAAUUCAAAGACAAGGAUGAGAAGGAGCUCAUCCGUGAGGAGUGUUUUGAUAAAUACGAGAAAGAAUACAACAAAUUUACCUUGUAUGGCUUCGUCUUUAUUAAUUGCUUCAUUCUCGCAAUGGUCACUAUUAUUUACUCGCUUUGCCUCCAAUCGAGGGUUGGCGAGCUGGAAAUCCCUAACCAAAAUGUCGAGGAACAGCCCCAGCGAAGUAGAGUUCUUUUUACCGCGUACUGUUGUCAACUAGCCGCCACAAUUGUUCUGGCGGCUGUUUUUAUCAUCGUAUUGCAGAUUUAUGCGAGUACCGAUUUUCCUUCGAAUUUUGAAUGUGAUCCUUUUGAACAAGGUUCCAAUUCCUCGGCGUUUUCAUCUACAAACGGCUCACAGGCAAAAACUGAUAUUUACCCGUGUCGCAAUAGACGAGCAACUAAGAAAUUACGUGGAAGUGUUGCCUUGACUGUUUUCAAUGGAAUCUUGGCCUUUUUCGCAGUUAUUGAACUUGUCUGGAUCUUUUCACGGGCAAGGAACGGUAUGCAGUUCAUGGAUGACCCUCAAUUUUAUGCUGAUCAUUUGAGAUCCAACCGAGAGCAAGAGCAGCGGCCACAACAGAUUGAAGAGGCAGUACUUCCUCCUCUGCUCGACUUCAUUCGUCUUCCUGAGUCCGCUCUUCGAUCCCCGCGAGACUCCGGUCAGGUUGGCGCUGGAUCAUUUCCUGAACAACACCCGGUAAUUGAGUCUAUACCUCUCACGCAAUCAGAAAGAACGCCUGAACAACAACCGGAACUACAAGCGGAAUUGAAACGUUUGAAGGACUGUAUAGAAAUACGCACGGAGCGACUUGAAGAUCUGAAUCAACCUAUUCGACCUCGACCAGGAGAAGGCUCAAAACCUAAAGAUCUGGAGCUCGAUCAAAUUUUUGUAAAGUUGGUAAUCCAUAAACAUAGAGCGAAAUAUGACUUUCCUACAGAUAGACGGGAACAACUCAAAGUAUUCCCAAAACCGAAAUCGAAUCAGUCUGUGUAUGUACCCUGGCAAGAUAUUAUUGAUGGUAACAAAAAUAUUCUUCUUGUUGGACGUCCAGGCAUUGGUAAAACAAUCUUAUCCACUAAGCUGCUUCGAGGGUCUGCAUUCAAUGAGUUCACGCACCAGAAUUUUGAUGCUGCAUUUCUUGUGAAAUUUAGGCACUAUAACUCUAGAGGUGAGGACCUUGAUCUUCGUAAAUUGCUGUCUUGCUCAGAAACAGUAAGUCAAGAUCUGGAUGAUGAGGUCUGGAACUACAUUAUCACUAACCCAACCAAAGUUCUGUUGAUUUUUGAUGGAAUUGACGAGUUUAAUGCCAGGUCAGCGAUCUCCAAUGAUGACUCGCGUUUCAAUGACUCAGAGGAAGAGCAAAUGCCUCUCCAUUGUCUCUACAAAAAAAUAGCCUCUGGAAAACUUCUUAAGGGUGCCACUGUUAUUACCACAUCGCGACCAACUGCUUCCUCAUGUGUUAGACAACUGAGAUUUGACAAAGUAUUGGAAAUUCUUGGCUUUACAUCUGAAGAAAUUGAAGACUAUGUGACGAGGUUUACCAAAGAAGACCAGAAUCCCGAAACCGAAAAGAAAGCAAUAUGGCAACACAUCAGCACCAACAUCAGUCUCUUUGCUUUGUGCUAUGUUCCGGUGAACUGUUUUAUCAUUUGUUCCUGCUUGUCAUGGUUGCGUUCCUGUGGCAAAAGUUUACCUACAAAGCUUACUAAGAUAUACAGUACAGCACUUAAGAUUUUCUACUUCAGACAUAAUGAUAAUUAUCGCAUGAGUGAAGAAGCCCGUGAUCAGCUUUUUUUAAAACCAUUUCACGAGUUACCCACUGAAUGUAAAAAGGAAUUUCAAAGACUAGGAAAAAUUGCUUUUGAUGGAAUUAAAGAAGGGAGACUACUUUUUACUUCAGAAGAAGUUAAAGAACUAGAGGAUUGUGGAUUGCUCCAUCGUUUACCUGACCUGCCUAGCCAGGAGGGACUUGAUGAGGAAAAAGCUCAAUACUGCUUCAUUCACCUUACAUUUCAGGAAUUCCUUGCUGCUAAGCAUGUGGUUGAUACCAAGAAAGAAGCCCAAGAAUUGCAACAAUUUAUCACUGAUCACAUCAAUGAAGAUCCUUGGCAAUUAGUGGUACAAUUUGUGGCUGGAUUAUUAGUUGACUCUGAUAAAGCUAAACAAGAGCAAUUUAGCGAAAUGUUAAUGGAGCUUCUUCCCAUGUCAACUUUUGAAGGGCACGCUAUACUAGGGCUGACAGAUGCAACCACAUCAAUUUAUUGGCCACAUGGCAAAAGUAAAACAGCUUUAGCUGUGACCUUAUGUAAAUGUUUAUACGAGCUAGAGGUAGAGCAGCAACUUUCCAUAAAAGAGAAAACGGAAAAAAAUUCAUUUAAUGCAGUGUGGCUUUGUGGCUGCAAUCUAGCACCUGCAGAUUGUGCAGCAAUUUUACAUUUCCUUAAAAAUUGUAAAGAAAAAUUGGCCUUGUAUUUGCACUAUAACUCCUUGGGUGAUUUAGGUUGCAUGGAAAUUAAAAAAAUGAUUGUUGAAAGUGGGGGUGAUUGCAACCUAAUGGGGUUGGAAUUCGCUCACAACAAUAUGGGAGAAAAAGGAGUAGAAUACCUAUGUGAUGCACUUAAAAUUAAACAUUGUAAUCUCACAGUGCUAUUCUUGGAAAAUAAUGAUGUAGGAGACAAAGGAGCAGAACUCCUGAGUGAUGCAAUUAAAGAUGGAAAUUGUAAACUAACUCAGCUGAACCUAAACCGCAACAACAUUGGAGUAGAAGGAGUAAAACACCUGAGAGAUGCACUCAAAGAUGUAAAUAAUAAUCUCACUGCCUUAUACUUGGCUUAUAACAAUAUAGGAAACAACGGAGUAGAAUACUUGAGUGAUGCACUGAAAGAUGUAAAUUGUAAACUCACUGUGCUAAACCUGACAGGAAUUGAUGUGGAAGACAAAGGAGUAGAACACCUUAGUGAUGCAUUAAAAGAUGUAAAUUGUAAGGUCUCUGUGCUAGGCCUGGAAAAUAACAGCAUAGGAGACAAAGGAGUAGAACACCUGAGUGAUGCACUAAAAGAUGGAAAUUGUAAUCUCACUGAGCUUGGCCUGGGUCAUAAUAAGGUAGAAGACAAAGGAGCAGAACACCUGAGUGGUGCACUUAGAGAUAGAAAUUGUAAUCUUGUGAAGCUAGAACUAAAUUAUAACAACAUAGGAGAAAAGGGAGUAGAACACCUGAGAGAUGCACUGAAAGAUGCAAAUUGUAAACUUGCUGUGUUACACCUGGCUAAGAACAACAUAGGAGAAAAAGGAGCAGAACACCUGAGUGAUGCACUUAAAGAUAUAAAUUGUAAUCUCACUGAGCUUGACCUGACUUAUAAUGAGGUAGGAGACAAAGGAGCAGAACACCUGAGUGAUGCACUUAAAGACAUAAAUUGUAAUCUCACUAAGCUAGAACUAAAUUAUAACAACAUAGGAGAAAAGGGAGUAGAACACUUGAGAGAUGCACUGAAAGAUGCAAAAUGUAAACUUACUUUGUUACACCUGGCUAAGAACAACAUAGGAGAAAAAGAAGCAGAACACCUGAGUGAUGCACUUAAAGAUGUAAAUUGUAAUCUCACUGAGCUUGACCUGAGUUAUAAUGAGGUAGGAGGCAAAGGAGUAGAACACCUGAGUGAUGCACUUAAAGAUGAAAAUUGUAAACUCACUAAGCUAGUACUGGAAGGUAUCAACAUUGGAGACAAAGGAGCAGAACACCUGAGUGAUGCACUUAAAGAUGUAAAAUGUACUCUCACUGUGCUAGAGCUGGCAGGUGACAGCAUUGGAGACAAAGGAGUAGAACACCUGAGUGAUGCACUUAAAGAUGUAAAUUGUAAUCUCACUAAGCUCAGCCUAUGGUCUAAUAAUAUAGGAGAUGAAGGAGCAAAACACCUGGCAGAUGCACUUAAAGAUGCAAAUUGUAAACUCGCUGUGUUAGAUCUGAAUUUGAAUGCAAUAAGCAGUGAAGCAGUGAACUUAAGUGAUGCCUAAAAGGUUGUCAAUUGUAAUGCACUCAUUUGAAACUUAUAGCUGUAGAUAUUGAAAGCUCGACACCUAAAGCGGUCAUUAGAAUAAUUUUGUUUAACCCUUUACACCCUAAGGUCAGUAUGCAUAUUCUCCAUACUGUUCUCAGUACAUUUUUUAAGGUGCUGACAAAGAGAAUUUGUUUCUCAAUCAAGAGCUUCCUCAGUUGGAGAUCAUUUCUUUCAUUCUCAUAACCGUUAUGUGUGAUUCAAGGGUGAUAUUGUAAGGAGAAAUUAGAUGAUACUCACUCUUAGGGGUUGAAGGGUUAAACUGAAUUUAGUUUAAAUAAGCACUAAGCUUAUCUAUAUCUCUGUAUAGUGACAACACCUUUACUAUUUAUGAUUGUAGGAAAUAAAAGAGGAAGAUGUUGGAAACUUUAUGCUUUGUUUCUUGUAAUAAGAAGGAAAAGAUGUCUUUGGGGUUUCUUUUCAUAGGAUGCACAAUUUGAUCAAAUUUAAUCACAAUACAGCAUAGUCAGGUGAAAAUAUUACAUUGUGUAGCAGCAAAGAUGCUGAAAUUAUAAUGAACUGUAGUCAAUGCACCCUAAACCAGCAAAACCUGAACAGACUGUACCCUUUUGGAUUGAACAAAAAAAAAAAAAAUAAGCCAAGGAAUACACAGCUGCUUUGAAAUAAUUCAAUGUAAAAACUUAUGACUUAAGUAGUUUGCAUUUUACUGACUUGUCAUGUAUCGAAAACCACAGUUAGCAUCAUGAAGAACAGAUUAUAAAGAAAACGCCUUGAAGGGAAACAAAUAUUUAUUCGAGAUAUUGGGACAUACCAGUUACUGAUGGUAAAAUCCCAAUAAAAUUAAUGUUUGACAGCCAUUGGGGGAGUUUUUGGUUCUCAAUAGUGAGGAUUGAAGGCAUCACAAAUGACAGGAAGAAGC